CUAUUGGCCGUUUAUGUGAAAAGUGCGACGGUAAAUGUGUGAUCUGUGAUUCAUAUGUACGGCCAGAUACUCUUGUUCGAAUUUGUGAUGAAUGCAAUUAUGGAUCUUACCAAGGCCGUUGUGUGAUCUGUGGUGCACCUGGUGUUUCGGAUGCUUAUUACUGUAAAGAAUGUGUUUUACAAGAGAAAGACAGAGAUGGUUGUCCAAAGAUUGUGAAUCUUGGAUCAUCAAAAACGGAUCUAUUCUAUGAACGGAAAAAAUAUGGAUUUAAGAAAAGAUAG